GUCCACACUCCGAUUUAGACUUAGUCAUAACAGAAAAUCUGAAGUCUUCAAAGGAUUGGGUGUGUUGUUUUCCAGUGAUGCGCCUAUUCGACAAGUUCUCGCCAUAGUCUGGGGUUGAACGAUAUUUGGAAAACUGAAGGGAAGACUACUUUUGAAGAAAUACCUUUUUUUUUUAUCACAUCCAUUUAGUUUUUUCCAAAGAUUUUACCCUUCAUCACUUUGCCUUGAAGCCAUCACCGAAAAAUACAUCUGCCAAGACAUAACGUUACAAGUGGCACAUUGCCACCCACCUACUCUCUCUCCCUUCAUUUCAUGCUCUUACCCUUCUGAACUCUGCAAACAUGGUGUAUCUGAAGAAAUACUUCACAGAGGGUUUGAUACAGGUUGCCAUCCUGCUCAGCCUGGUUGGCAACAAAAUAGAUGUUGGCCCUUACCUGCCUCCUUGGCAUGAGAUGAUUCUGGGCCCCACCUCAACCCUUGCCCAGACCCGGUUCCACAACCUCCGCAACCAGCUGGACGGCCGGGACAUCCACCCCAAGAGUGUGGACCUGGAUGGCUUCUUGACAGCCCGGAGGCUCCUGGGAUGGGUGCGUUCGCUGGACUGCCUCCAUGUGUCCGGCUCAGAGCUAGAGACUUGGCUGGUGCGCCGUGAGCCCGAUGCCCUGGCGAUGGGGGCUCCGGGUCAACCCGCCGCCUUGGACGGAGGGACCGGUGGUUUGGAGGAUCAUGCAGCUGACCAGGUGGGGUCACCGGAGCUAGGUUACGGGCCGAUCAGAGAGAGCAGUCUGGAGUCCAUGGUGCUGGUACCGAGAAGAGGCCAGGAGGAAGAGGAGGUUGAGGAUGAUCUCUACCGAGAGGAUACAGAAACUCGUCAGGAUUACUCUAAUCAUGGACACAACGAAAGGCCUGAGCAGUCCCUGGAGGAGAGAAGGGAGAAUGAGCUGGUAGGGAGCACCUGGAGAGAAGACUGGAGGGACAAUUACGACCAUGCUAACAGAGAGCUAGCACAGGAUUUAUCGGAUCAGUUCGCCAGCUUGGAAGCUCAGUCCUCCAUGUCCUUGCAGGAAUGUCUACGGCUAUUGGAGGACACGUUCUCCUUUGGAGAAGGGCCAGAGCGGUCAGACCCAGUUGACCUAGGUCUGAGGGAAGCUAGCGAAGAGGACCCAAGCCUUGUCCAUGAGCCUCUUCUGUCCCCACUGCUUUCCCAUGCGGAUCCCUCUCUGGACUUGGAGCUGCAGUGGCAGGACAUUCUGGCCAUCAUGGAGCCAGAAGAUACUGAUGUGGACCUUAGCAGAGAUGCCGUAAUGCAGUCUGGAUCUAUUGGGAGUUCUGGCCUGAUGGACCACGUUCACCAGGAUGUCAGCCUUCAUCAGGCAUUCCUGCCUAGAAGCAACCUAGAUGGCUACCCCUUCAGCCCUAGCUUGGAAGGCAGUGUUCAUCUUGAAGCCCCUCUCCAGCCAACCUCUAUCGGAGCGGACAACCUUCCUUUGACCUUUGAACUGGUGGAUACUGCCCUACCUUUGCCACUUGAUGGAUUGGUUGGCAAUCCUACGCUUUCCCUUCAGUCCAGCAUCUUUCUUGAGGAACCGGUCCAGCCUAACCCACUCAGCUUGCUCUUGGAUGAUGCUUUGCUGGAUGGGAUUAGCUUCCUAGGCCUGCCUCUGGAGGAAGGCCCAACCCAGGCCUCCGAGCUCGAGGAGGAGCUAGACUCUGACUCUGGACUUUCCCUGAACUUCAGCCACAGCCCUGCAUCCCCUAGUGGCUCUGAGGCAUCCUCCUACUCUUCGUCGUCCUCUUCAUCCUCAUCGUCUGAAUCUUCUUCAUCUCCCAGCGAAGGGGCUGUGGGCUACAACUCUAACAUGGCAUCCAUUUUGGAGCCAGAGGAGGGUGCUGUUGGAGGGUACUCCCCGGAGGUCAGCAAGAUGUGCAGCACAAGUUACCAGAACCCAGGCCGAUACAACCUCCCUUGGCUGGAACAUGUGGGCCACGACCAUAAUUACCACCAGCCUAGGGCCAAUUCUCCUACCCUGGGAAAAUCCCUGAAGCCCCAAAAGUCACAUUACAGCAAACCCUAUGAAUGUGAACUCUCUGACAAGAUUUGGGGCCGUGAUGAGCGCCGGGCUCGUGCCUUGAAGAUCCCCUUCUCCAACGAUCUCAUUGUCAACCUGCCCGUGGAGGAGUUCAAUGAACUUCUGACCAAACAUCGCCUUAGCGAGGCCCAGCUCAACUUGAUUCGUGACAUUCGCAGGCGAGGCAAAAACAAGAUGGCCGCUCAGAACUGCCGCAGGCGAAAGCUCGAGAUCCUGUUUGGGCUUGAGGAAGGAGUCGCUGGCUUGCGCCGCCACAAGGUCCGGCUGUUGAAGGAAAAGGCAGAGAACCUUCGCUCUGUCCGGGAAAUGAAGCAGCGUCUUAAUGGUCUGUACCGGGAGGUGUUUUCCCGACUGCAGGAUGAGCAAGGAAGACCCUUGUCUGCCACUAACUACACACUCCAGUUAGGCAAUGAUGGUCAGGUCCUUCUUGCCACCCGUAACGGUUCAACCAGAGAACAAAAGGCCCACAAGAAACAAGACCGCAGGAAGUGAAAAGAUUUGUCAGCCAUGUAUAGUCAGGUUUUUGGCUCACAGAGUCAAUUGUGAAGGUGGGUGCCUGUGAAGUUCAAGCGUUUCUCACACUGAGAGUGAACUGAAGAGGAAACACACGAGAGGAUGCCAGUGCUCUUCCGAAAACGAUUUUCAUGUUAGAACGGACAGGAAGCCCAAAUAUGAUCAUAAGUGUAUUACGAAAAAAAGGAGCAAAUUCUGUUAACAAAAAAAAAGUAACACACAAAAUGCUGCUUUGGACUCUAACACCUAUGUUAAACCAGUGCAUACAUCCUGAUUUUAGAGUAGAGAAAUUGUGCUUCCAUAGCAAGGGCUGACACUGGGGACUUGUGAAGGGCAGAAUCAAGAGCAGGGCCUAGAGCAAGGCAUUUAACCCGAAUUACUACUUUAAGUUGCUCCGGAGAAAAGCAUUUGCUGAAUAACUUAAAUGCAUGUCCUUGGGGGAGACGCGCCAUGAUGUGACCAGAAAGAAGGGCAAGACUGAAGCUGUUCGCCAAAAGAUGCCAACAAGAAGAUUUGUCUUUAGGUGCCUUAAUGUUAAGUGUAGCCCUUGGUUCAUUGACGUUAUCAUUAUGUGGACAUACCAAACUAGAUGGCGGAGCCUGCUUGUGUUUAAAAUGGAACGUAAAUGUUGGCUCCCCUCCAAAUCAGAUUGAACACUACAUUUAACCUUGUCAUUAACUGAUGCAUUAAGAUGACAGUCAAGGGGAGUGCCUUUAGUAAAGCCAGAGACCCCAUUUUACCCCUUAUGCACAUUUGUAUUGGCUUGAAAAAAAAACAUGCAUGAAGGACAGAGGUGGACAAAGUCGCAUUUUGUUCCUCUCAGGGCAGUGAAAAUGCAGUUAGGACUGUUGGAGCCCAUUCAGGGGGCAACGUCAUCAGUGCUCGCCCCUAUAUUCGUGCAUUAUUCAAAAUCUGCUUUGGUGUUCUAUUUACUGAAUGUAAAGAGCAAGCGGUAAAGCAGACUAUUUCACAAAGUUAAAACAUGGUGUCAGCAUUUAACCACCUGUCUCACUAGAAUGUAUCAACGGCAAACGCUGCAUUUAGGUUAUAGGACAGUUAGCAUUAUCCCUUUUUUGCACUAUAGUGUUCCCCACCAAUUAAUUUCAUAGCCUGUUGUGGACACAGGUUACCCAAUAGGCAAUAAGCAAUGUCAUUUUGCUACGGUUGUUUUUUAAAUUAAUGCAUAGGCCUUUUAUCUUCUACCUAUUCAUCACACAGUUUGCUCAACAGAGCCAUUUUGCUAUAAAAUAAGAACCUGGAGGAAAGCUAAUUGUAGACCAUAAAAUACAAUUGAGCUUGCAGGUGCCCGGGCCACCACUAAUGGCCGCCAGACCGCAAGUCACUGCUAAUGCAGGAGAAAUCAAUUUGGAUUGUCAGAUUAUCACAAGAUCCACUAGUUAUUAGACCUAUGUUUUUAGGCAUAUCUAACAUAACAAUGCUAGCCAUGUACAACAAACAAAAUAUUUUUCAUAGCAAGUUGGCGUACUGCAAAUGAUGGUGUAAUCUGCAUGGCAUCGUUCGAACAGCUGCAAGUCUUAUCGUCUGGAGCCAGGGAAAGGUGCAUCAGUAAAAUUACUAGUAGGCCAAGCCUGGAAAAACAAUACAAAAUAUAUUGUGAUAAUAGCACUUUUUGCUUUAUAACCAAUUAAAAUUGGGUCCAGGCUCUCUGUGAAACCGACACCUUUUUCUUAAGAUACCUUCUUUUUAGGCAUUUUAUGAUUUAUCAGACAGGGAAGUGAUGAAAAUAACGGUUGCUGAAAGAGCAGGUCAGAUUCAAUAAACUCAGUGAAGCAGCACAUGUGCGCCAGAGGAAGCGGCCCAGACAACGAAAUCUUAAAUCGUCUAAGUCUCAAAACAUUGAAACAUGAUAUAGAGCACAUUUUAUUUAAUACAAACUUAAAUGACAUUUCUGUCAAAGGGCACAUCUUAAUACCAGGUGUAAUAGCAUUUAAAUGUGUAAAAUACACAUUUGCAACCACAGUACUAUCAGUUGUUCAUUUAGCAAUAAUACAAGGUCUAAAUGGGGUCUUAAACAUACACAGCAGUAUGUCAAUCUCAGGGGGUUUUGACUGCAGGACAAUGAUACAGACCACUGUCAAACGGUAUUCAGGAAUUAAACUGGUUGAAGGAACAUGGAUAUAGUAUCCACUCAGGCCCAGUACCAAGAGUAUUCUGUUAAUAAGUUUACCUUUAUUUGUAAAUGGUAAAUAAAAUACUUCAUCACUGUUGCCAUAAUGUAAUUGAACAACUUUUAAAGCCACAUGAAAUAACUUUAGCAGUUUGUUUAAAGUACAUUUUAUUUAUUAAUUGCCACUAUAAUACUACUGGUAUUCUUGGUCAAGCACUGUCAAGUGUCCAAUAUCAUCAAUGGAAAAUUGUACUGUAUCACAAAAAACAGUUACAUUGAAGGGCUUUAUUAUAUUGGUUUGAAAAUAACAUUGUUUCAGAGGGUUUGAUACCCAUUGUUUUAUACUCUUGCAUACUUAAUGCCAGCAAUCAAAUUGUUACUGUUGGGCAAAUAAAACAUGUUCAACCUACAUAAGA